AUGGCCGCUGCAACGUUUGUCGUACGCCCGUUGUUGAUGGUGGCCAAGGGCUGGACCGUCGAGCAGAAGUCAGCCCAGACGCGCGACAGCGUGACGGCUGCCGUACUGAUGUUUCUGGUUAGCCUGGCCGUGAUGGCCAGUGCCACCGGGGCGCUGUACUACCAGGGCAAGUCGAUCCAGCAAGUGAUGGACAUGGUCCAAGCCCUUCAGCCAGCGGCCGGGUCGUUCGCGAUGGCGCUGUUUUUUGCCGGGGCGUUGAGUGCCGGGCUUUCGUCGCUGUUUCCCAUCAUGAUGGCCGCCCCGCUGCUGAUCGCCGACUACCGUAACGGAACCAUGGAGACCAACACACCACUGUUUCGCGUGCUGUGCGCCGUGGCCUGCCUGGUCGGUUUGAUCGUGCCUAUCCUUGGCUUUAACCCCAUCCAAGCUCAGAUUGUCAGCCAAAUCGGUGGUGUCUUUGUCCUUCCGGUCAGCAUUGCCGCGAUGGCCUACCUUGUCAAUCGUCGCGACCUGAUGCACCAGCACAAAGCCGGACUCUGGCUGAACCUGGGCAUGGGGACCGCGUUUUUGUUUUCCCUGUUGAUCACCUACACCGGUUGCCUGGCGAUUGCCUCGCAGUUUGAGGUGGUACCCACUGACAGCCGUGGCCUUUUCACGCAUCCCUGGCAGCUUGAACUGCCGGACCAUCGCCAACCUUUUCCCAUGCCGCUGGGCAGCACUUCCGAGACCUUUCCUAUGCAUCGCCGCACAUUCCUUGCCGCUUCCUCCGCCGCCGUCCUGCUGAGCUCGUCGCUUCGUGCCGAGGAUUCGUCGCGGCGCCGCGUGGCAGUCAUCGGCCAUAGCGGUCGCGGCAACUACGGGCACGGACUGGAUACCGUCUGGCGAAAUGUCCCAGAGACCGAGACCGUUGCGGUCGCCGACGCCGACCAGGGAGGGCUCGCGCGAGAAGUUGAGAAGCUGAAGCUUGAUCGCGGGUAUGCAGACUAUCGCCAGAUGCUGCUGGAGGUUCGUCCUGAGUUCGUUGCGGUAGGCCCGCGUCACCCCGAUCAGCAUCUCGACAUGAUCAUGGCUUCGAUCGA